AUGCGGGACCGAGAGCUCAAGAUGCUGCAAAAGUCCUCGUUCUCCAUCAACUCCCUGCUGCCCGAGGCCGCGCUCAGCGACAGGGACCCGAUCCGAGACCAGGGCCGGGAGCAGAGCCCGGGUAGAACCGCGCAGCAGCCCGCUGCGCCUCCGGGAGAGCUGGAACUCAAGCCCGAGGCCCGGGACAAGGCCGAGGACAAGGACGAGAAGGACGACAAGAAGGAGGACGAGAAGAAGGGCAAGUACGAGAAGCCUCCGUUCAGCUACAACGCGCUCAUCAUGAUGGCCAUCCGCCAGAGCCCCGAGAAGCGCCUCACGCUCAACGGCAUCUACGAGUUCAUCAUGAAGAACUUCCCGUACUAUCGCGAGAACAAGCAGGGCUGGCAGAACUCCAUCCGCCACAACCUGAGCCUCAACAAGUGCUUCGUCAAAGUGCCCCGCCACUACGACGACCCCGGGAAGGGAAACUACUGGAUGUUGGACCCGAGCAGCGACGACGUGUUCAUCGGCGGCACCACGGGGAAGCUGCGGCGCCGCUCCACCACGUCCAGAGCCAAGCUGGCCUUCAAACGGGGCGCGAGGCUCACGUCGGGGCUAACGUUUAUGGAGCGCGCGGGCUCUCUUUACUGGCCCGUGUCACCGUUCCUCCGCGCUACCGCGGCCGGGCACGCCUUUGGCUACAACAGCUCGUCCUCUGGUUACCACGCGCAUCACGCCGUGUCCUACGGAGGGAUGCUCGCACCCAGCUCGUCGCCUUUUCCUACGUCGUGCCCGGAGCUCCCGUACGCCACGCAUCACCUCACGGCGGCUGCGCUCGCGGCCUCGUGCUCCUCAUCGUACCCUCUGAACCCGUGCCUCCUCGCGGGGCAGACCAGCUACUUCUUCCCGCACGUGCCACACGCGUCCACGAGCUCCGGGCCCGGUGCCGUGUCACUGAGCCGCGUGUCCACGGCCGGAUCCCCGCAGGCGCAUACCGCUCCUCCGGUGUCAGCCCCGGCGCUCUGUGACUCUCUGCGGCCCGCUUUGUCAGGGCCGCUGCCCGCUGCUUUCUCCACGGGACUGUCCGCUGGAGGACUGUCCGCGGGGGGGUUGUCCGCGGGAGGACUGUCCGCGGGGCUCAGUGACUAUUUCAACACACACCAGAACCCUGGUUCUGCUCCGAACCCGCUCAUCCACUAA